AUGCACGUAUUAAUUGCUUAUCCAUUUAAAAUUGAAAUUCGUCAUCGUCAUCAACUAAUUUAUUUACCAGAAUUAGUUCAAGAUGAAUCAAAACUUCGUUUUGCUAUUCGUCAACAUCGUCCGCAUAUUAUUAUUGUUGGAAAUAAUUCAGUUGGAAUUGAAACACUUGAAUUAUGGCGUUCAUUAAUCAGUUAUGAUAUUCAAUUGACAAUUAUUCGAAGAGGUUCAUCACUUUCUUGUAUUCAUGUUCAACGUGCAAAACAAUUGAAUAUAAAUGUAUUAAACACAUUAAGUGUUAAUUCUCGUUUUGUGGCAGAAUAUAUGAUUGAACAUCUCCAUUUACCCAAGGAUGGAACUUGUUCAACAAUUGGAAUAAUUGGAUCAGGUGCUAUUGGAAGUCGAAUUGCUUAUCGUUUAUCUACAAUUAAACAUAAAGUUAAUAUUUAUAGUCCAUCAUUAGCAAACACUGAUGAAUCAAUUCAGAAUAAAAUUCGAGAAAGAAAAGGUAUUGUUUCAUCUGAUAUAAAUAUUUCUGUGAGACCAGAAAAAGCCAUUGAAAAUGCAACACAUGUUAUACUUGCUAUUGAUGCUGAUAAAAUUACAAAUGUUAAUCAACAAUUAUCGAAAGAAUUUUUUCAAUUAAUACCAAAUGGAGCAAGAAUUGUAUCUGUUACUGAGUUUCGCAUAUUUGCUGAAGGAGCGCUCGAUCUUCUUAUUGAACGUAUUCGACAAGGACAAAUUACUGCUCGUUUAGAUUCAUUUGCAUUGGAUUUAAUUAAAAUAAAAGAUCCUCCCAAAGAUUUAGAAAUUGUUUCAGCUGCUAUGACAGUACUAGGAUGUGGUGAAGCUAUGGAUCAAGCUGCACUUGUUCUUCUAUCUAAUGUUGUACUUGAACAAACAUUGAAAUCACCAUUAACAUUCUUCAAUGAAUCAUCAAGGCAAACCGAAGAAGUUACUAUUAUUGGAGCAGGUAUUAUGGGUUUAAUAACGGCUUUGUUUCUCAGUGAAAAUGGCUAUAAAAUAAACAUUAUCGAUGAACAUAGUCAUCCGAAUCAAGAAAAUGAAAUAUCCUGUCGUGGUGCAACACUUGAUGGAUGUGAUGCAAGACAUGCAUCGGUAACAGAAACAAUGCCUCCUGCUGUAGUUUUUAGAAUUGACAGUUUAAGAAAAUAUCCAUUAGACCAUGGUGGAUGGAAAAUAAUACAAGAUCAAUUUAAUGAUCAAGAACAAGUUUGGAUUGAUAGAUUUAGUGAACUUGCUAGUUAUCCAGAAUUAGUUGUCAAUCUAUUUAAUCCAUUUGUAUCGAAUUUAAAUAGAUGUGGAAUUGAAUUAUGGCAAAAUCUAUCAGAUAAAUAUCCACAGAUAGUUCAAAAUACAAUUAAAAACCAUAAAAUUAUUCGAAUAUGUUCAUCAUCAACCUCAUUGGAAGUUGUUUCAUUGUUUCAAAGAAAAUAUCAUAAAGAUACAGAUCAUCUUCAGCUAUUAUCACAACCUGAAGUUCUGGAAAAAAUACCUGGUCUUCUACUUCAAGAUCGAGAUGCUGGAGGUAUUCAAGUACCUGGUUUUACUGUUAAUCAUUUAAAACUUUGUCAAAAUAUAAUUGAAUAUUUAGAAAAAAAGUCAAAUGUUAAUUUUAAAUGGUCAACUAAAGUUCAUUCAAUUGAUAAUAUUGAUUCAUCAACAAUAAUAUUUGCUUCAAGUCUUAAUCAAUUCGAUUCUCCACUAUUAAAAAAUGUAUCAUUAGCUAUUCAAGGUGUUCUUGGAUGUUGGAUUAAACUUCCCAAUGUUCAUUUAAUAAAACAAGGAUUUAAAAUAGUGGAAAAAGAACCUAUUGGUGUGAUUAAUGUUACACCAAGUUAUGAUGAACAAUAUUUAUAUGUGACAGGCGCUUUUGCAUUUUGUGGUCACCGUGGAAUAGUUCAAACAGUUUAUCUUAAUCAAUUAAUUGAAUUAUUUCAUUCAACCAUUCGUUCUUAUUUACCGGGCGAAAUCGAUGCAAAUGAAUCAGAACCUUUUCCGAUCAGAUUUUGUAUUCGUCCAAUGACUCCCGAUGGAAUGCCAAUUAUUGCUCAAUUAACCGAAGAAAAUCAAAAACAACAAGUUUAUUUCGUUGGUGGAACCAAUGCUGGAGGUUUUGUUCAAUCACCAGUUUUAGCAGCAAUGCUUUUAGAUUUAAUCCAAGGUUCAACAAAUGAUUCAAAUCUUUGCCAUAUUUAUAGAUCUUUACGUCUUGAUAGAAACUCGUUGUUAUUUGAUUUAAAUUCAUCGAAUUGA